UUUUUUUUAUCAAAAUUUUAUUUUACCGUUUUGUCGGCGUGAUUAAUAUACAUACCUCCACAAAAUUACAGCUCCCUUGUGCCAAUAGUUUCCAAGCAAAACCUCGGACAGACAGACAGACAGACAUAUCCAAACUAUAAGGGUUCCUUUCCUUGUCAGGACUACGGAACCCAAAAAACUAUAAAUCUUGUAAUAAUUUAAUAAUUUUGACUCAUGCCUGUUUCCAAUACCCAACAUUGUGAUCCUAAGGUGCACUAGAGCCUUUAUAACAUAGUGCAUUAUCUCACUAUCAUUUUGCAAAGAGCUCAGCAGUUGCAGGAUGUAGAGCUAUUUGGUGUUAUGUUUCCUUAUCGUUCCGCUUAAUCGGUAUGUUGUGUUACCCUCAAUCGAGAAGCGUUUGUCCUGCAUCUCACAAGAAAGUGAUAUGAUGUGCAUUACCAAUCAUCAAUAUAUUUAUACAAUGAAGACCUUCACCUUCAUCCUUAUGAAUAUUUAGCAUGCCUCUAACAAUAAAAUUAUUACUACGAGGCUAUAAAUACUAGCAGCGUUCGUAAAAUGAUCAUAUUUCUUUAUCAGAUGGGUCAAAGUAUUGCUUAUUUAAAAUGAUGCUGAUUAUUUUACUCAGUGUUGUCGCUCUGGCUGCGGCAGCCCCAGCCGACGUCCAGCUCCUAUGGUCUGAAUACGUGAACGAUGGCUCUGGGUCCUAUCACUUCGACUUCGAGCAGUCUGACGGUACCAAACAUGAAAGCCAAGGCGACCUGAAGAACAAGGGUCGUGAGGACGAAUUCCUGGCGGUGGAGGGAUCGUACGAGUGGGUGGGGCCCGACGGCGUGCGCUACGUCGUGACCUACACCGCCGACGAGAACGGGUACCGACCGGAGAUCGAGCAGAUACAACCAGGACAGCCAAGUGGCCCUGAACAACCCAUACAGCCAGGAUACCCAGCACCACCAACAACAUAUCGCCCGCUGCUCAUCGCUAGUCUUCUGGGCAACAUUGGCUAAUGGAUCUAAAGGGUAGAAACAAUAAACUAUACAAGAUAUCGACAAGUUUGUCGAUAUCUUGUAUAGUUUAUUGUUUGUUGUGUGUAACCAGUUGGUUACUGGAUUCUGAAAGUGCUUCACGAGCUCUUUCAAACGGUACCAAUAAUGAUGUUACAGAAUAAACUGGAACUAUCUGAAAAUUCAACCAUUCCAGCUUCCUUUUAUAAAAGACAUUGACACCUUAACUACAUUAUAUGGAACAAAUAGGAUCCCUUGAAAAACACUGAGAUGAGCAUUCAUUAAUGAAUUACUUAACCAAUAAAUAAUCUCCUUUUUCUCGUAA